CAAAGUCACAGACAAUCCGUCCGUCCCUCUCAGGACAGAGACUAUUCAAUGCCUCCACCUAGCGCGGCGUGGCAGCCUUCCCCCAUGCCGUCUGUCAAUGGAGGAGAACGCUCUGCACCCACCCCAGCACAGCUCUCAGACAAGUACAGCAACCUCAAAAGACGUUACUUUCAGAUCGAUGAUAGACUGAAAGAGACGCAAGUGGAACUGCGGAAGUCGAUGGAACGGAAUACAAAACUACGAAAUGAACGAGACAUACUACUUGACAGAAUUAUCGAGUUGGAGGAACGCAACAAGGUCUUCGAACGACAUCUUGGUCAGCUGGAUCCAGCUUUCGUUGCUGCACAUAAGGAGGCGCCAGCGCUUGCGACGGGCGCGUUUCCCCGUUCGCUCGUCACGCAACGUCAGCAGGCUGCAUUCGUUGCGAACCUCCAGCAAGCGAUGGUAGAAGUCGAAAGCGAAGAUCCCAAUACAGACCCGGUCUUACUCUCUCGACACGUCGGGCCUGCAGCGCGGAAGCGCGAAGCGGAGGAGCAAGAGCGCCGCCAGGAGGAGGAGGCUCGGGAGAUGAAGAAGCAAAAAAGGUCUCGAGGCGCAGGUCCGACUUCGAGUGCUACACCACAGCCCAUGUCGACGAGGAGCGGGAACGGUAACGGAAGCGUUGUGGCUGGGAACGUGCCUGGUAAAUAGCUUCCUCCAUCAUUUCUUUCAAGUAUCCCCUUACUCUUCUCCCAUUCUUCCUUUUUUGUUACACUUUGGUUUACUGGUUGAUCUCCGUGUACUCACGAUAAAUGUCUAUCGCUCUCGAAAUCGC